AAUGCAUCGAAUCAUUUUCCACAAGAGUCUCGAAAUUUCAAUCAACAAAUUGUAAUCCGAUGCAACAAUUUGAUCCACUGAGAAAUGGGAAUUUCACAGGAGUGAUCUCCAUGAGGAAGACACUCAGAACUAUUUGCAACAAACUCGAAUGGCGUGGGAACAAAGUUCCUUGUUAUGGGCUUCCAACGUCAAAGUAAACCCAGGUCGUUGUGUGGAGAUUGUUCAAAGUAUUGUUCGUUUUACUUUUGAGGCAUCUCCGAUGUCUCUUAAAGCAGGAAAACUGAUUUCGGCCAUUCCUAUUGGCCAUAUGAGGUCGGCCAAAUUGGCAAAUGACGAAUCAAAACCGAAAAAAGAAAUUGUUUCAUCUAGCGAUUUGACAGCUCUUAAAACAUUGGGUUGCAAAAGAGAUGAAACGUUAGUUCAGUCAAGGAAUUAUCAGGAGAACAGAUUCCAUCAAACUAUGGAAAUUGCAAAACUUAAACAACAGAACGAGAGAACGAAAAUAAAAAUCAAACGACAGAUUCAGGAACGACAUGAAAUGGCGCAGGACAGAAGCCAUCGAUUCACUAAUCCGAAGACACCGUGUUUUGUUAACUGCGAGGUUAAUAAAUCGGCGAUUCAUAGCAGUCCUACAAAUGUGAGAUCUGCUUCAAACGAAGUUAAACGUGAAUCAAAAUGCUUUCCUGGAGAAAACGACGUCCGGCCACGUCUUGGAUUUGUAAGAUUCAAGGAAAAGAAUAAAAAAAGGAUGGAGACAAUCAGGAGGCGGAGAGAGGAACUCGAAGAAAGAGUUCGGCAGAUGGAUGAAGACAUCAGAAUAUUUAAAAUGAAGCUUGAACGAUCUAAUUCAGGGAAUACUGUAAAACAUCAUCAAACCGAUAUUGGUGACAGCAGAAACAGGGAAUGCCGAAACUCCCAGCAAUGUUUUCCGCCAUAA